AUGAACGACGCAGAGGGUCUCGCCAUCGCGAUCGAGGAGGCCAAGAUUGGCGCCUCCGAGGGCGGUGUUCCCAUCGGAGCCGCCCUCGUCUCGUCAGACGGCAAGCUCCUCGGCCGCGGCCACAACCGCCGCGUCCAGAUGGGCUCCGCCAUCCAUCACGGCGAGACCGAUGCCCUCUUCAACUCCGGCCGUCUCCCCGGCAAGGCGUACAAAGGUAGCACAAUGUACACGACCCUCUCGCCCUGCGACAUGUGCACCGGCGCCUGUCUCCUCUAUGGCAUCUCCCGCGUCGUCAUCGGGGAGAACAAGACGUUCCUCGGCGGCGAGGAGUAUCUCAAGCAGCGCGGUGUCGAGGUCGUCGUCGUCGACGACGCCGAGUGCAAGGCUCUCAUGGAUAACUUCAUCGCCGAGAAGCCCGAGGUCUGCAUGGUGUAUCCGACGACCCUCAAACAUGGGGGAUUUGCUACCAUGACGCUUCAGCUUCGACAGAAGCUCAACUACUAUGCGCUUUAA